AAUUUGAUCUUGAUCUGCGUGCUCAAUAAUCGAAGAUACAUCAAGUAUAUUGAUAAUCAGCCCAGAUACCUGCUGACCUCACUGGCUCUAAACGACUUAUUCACCGGUAUCUUGAUUGCGCCGGUGGCUCUCCUGCCCGCUCUCUACAAGUGUUGGCCCUACGGCGAGAUAUUCUGUCAGAUACAGGCAUUGCUGAGGGGAGCAGUUAGUCAACAAAGUGCCGUUAUAUUAGUUUGUAUGGCGAUCGAUAGAUAUUUGUAUCUGUUACACCCUAAUAAAUAUCAUAAACAUUCUAGUAAGAAGGGUUGCGUCUUAUUUAUAAGUAUAACUUGGAUAUUAUCGGUAUCAUUGUUUGCGAUUAUGGUACUUCCUAAAUCUGGAUAUUACUUUAAUUCGACAGGAUUGAUGGCUUGUGAUUUAAAAGAAUUUAACCUGGCCUUUUCUGUUAGGAUCCUAUCGUGCUGUGCCUACUAUUUUCCAACUACAAUGGCGCUGAUGUAUUGCUAUGGAUCAGGUUUCCAUGUCAGUAAAACCAGGACUAAAUGUGAACCAGAACCUACGAGAUUAAAUGGAGUUCCCGUACCUUGUACCAAAACAUCUCAUGGUGAACAUGAAAUUAUACAAGCUCCUGUGAGACCGCAUAGCGUCAGCACGUCUAGAACUAUGGCGGCAAUGUCAUUAGGUUUCAUAGUUAUGGUGACACCAGCCACAAUACAGGAAGUUGUUGCAGCCUGCACUGGAUGCAAGGUUCCACCAUCUUUGGAUUUUAUAGUGACGUGGUUGGCUUUAAGCAACAGUUUUUGGAAUCCAUUCCUUUAUUGGCUUCUGAAUGGGCAUUUUAGAAGAAUCAGCCAUGAACUUCUUCAAUACUAUGUAUGCUGCCGGAGAACAAAAUCCUUUCCACACAAUUAUGAAAAGCCAACAGGUUGUUGUGGUUCACCAGUUACAUCAGACGGAUUACAUUCCAAAGGUGAAUUCGAAGGUCUUGGAGAAAAAUAUUGGGGUGAAAUACUUGAACGCACUGUGUCAUCGACAUCAUUGCACGCUAUACAAAAAGCUUGCCACAGAGAACAUCCUCUUAGAUGUACUGGUUCCUUUAAAGGAUAUCCAAGUAACUCGUGUAAACAUGACCAUAGAUAUUUCGAUGGCUAUGGUCCAACUGACUAUAGACAACUCGACAGAUCUGCAUUUCAAAUAGAGUCGUGUUCGCGACAAUGCAGAUUAAAGAACUCAGAUUUCUGCCUAUUCAAACCUAGCCCAGGGCUUGAAUGUGGUCGCUCGCGUUCGAACUUAAGCUUGGACGAGGGCAAUUUCAACAAGAUCUGCAACGGCAGGCACCCGGAAUUGUGA